CUCGCCUACUGCGGCGUGGCUAAAUUUUGUGCGUUGAGGCUAAAGGACUACGGGUCUUGGCUAAAGCAUUGCGGGUCCUGGAUAAAGGAAUGUAGGUCAAGGCUAAAGUAUUUCGGGUUUUGGCUAAGGGAUUACGGGUCGACACUAAAGGAUUGUGGGUUUGGGCUAAAGCAUGAUGGAGACAGGUGUGGUUUUAGUACACUUCAGGCCCAACAGUCCGGUACAGGUACCGGUGACGCUUCUCAACCGGCAAGUCUGGAAGUGCGCCUCCGAUCACUCAUCAACCGUGCCCCUGUAAUGUUGUUUAUGAAGGGUACUCCUAAUGAGCCCCAAUGUGGAUUCAGUCGUCAGAUUUUGGAGCUGCUUAAGUCAGUCGAUGCAAAAUUUGACUCGUUUGAUAUCUUAAAAGAUGAGGAUGUUCGUCAGGGUGAGUACAAGAGCGAGGAAAAUAAACGGUCAACUUCUGGGAGUAACAAUUUUUUGUUUGUUUUCCGUUUUUGGGAUAGCAGACAAGAGAGGAUGCAUUCACAGUCUGAAUCUUUGGGAGGCCAGCCAGAGAGCCGAGAAACCCCAACGGAAGCCAGAUCGAAGCACAAUCUCUUUAACCCUCUACGCUACUUCAUAACAUGCCCACCUCGCUGUUUCUUCUAG